UCUUUUUAGCUUAAAGGAAAACUUAUGUCAUUUUUUACUUUUGAACAAGUCAAUUUCCCCCCUUUUUUCCCACUUCUUCAUGUUCUUGGGCAGGAGUUGUGUGGUAAUUUAUUGUACGCUUUCUAGAGUUUAGAACACCUGAUAGUUCAUGUUAUCAUCUUUUGAAACACCUGGGUUGGUUAAAUGUGUCAGUUCUGUGAAAAACAAGUUAUUUAUUCCCAUGAUUGGAGGUACAAAGAAAAGCUUGGCAACAGAUGAUGUGUUUUCUCUUACAAGAAUUAAAUAACAUGAAGAAAUGUAUCUCAUAGCUGUAGGAUAAGGAGUCGCCCACCCCAAUCAAUUUUUUUCAACGAGUGCGCGGGCUUGUUACGGUACAAACCCUGCCCUUUUGCUAUAAACUAGCUGAAUUUUGUGAAGGAGGAAACCACAAUCCUAGGAUUUCAUCAAAUAGUGUAGAUGUAGUCAUGUUCUCAUGUAGACAUAAAAUGAGGGAGACAUGACCCACAAUGAAAUAGGAACAUGAUGAAUAAGUAAAAAGCAUUUUUUCAAGUAAAAUUUUAUAUUUCAGUUCCCUGUAACUUGAUCUUUUUGAGGCCAAUUUGCUAGACUUUUCAAAGAAGUAUUUUUUUUUCUCUUUGGUGAUUUUGGUCCAUAUAGGCAACCUCUCACCUAAUAUUUUAAGAUGACUUUUCUCUGAUAGGCUAGUUGACUAGUUGCAAUAUCUUGUAAUCAUGCGGCUAUACUGGAAGAAGUGUUGCAUUGUGCAGUAUGAUUUCAUAUUGUUGAAAUUAAUCACCUUCUCUAGCGUAUAAGGUUUCCUAACUGGAAUAUUGCUUCUCUCUACAUGUUACUUAGACAUGGCACGCUUUUCUAUCUCUUGGUCUUCUUUACUUACCGUUCUGAUCUCGCUGCUUAUUUGCUCGAUUAAUGGUAUUGCAGUAGCUGACCUGGCCUACGUGUUUUCCCUUUGCCCAGACAUGCAAACUGUAAGUAGAAAAUAUCAGACUAAUGUUGAUACUCUUCUGUCUUCACUCUCAUCAAACACUACCAACGAAAGCCGCUUCUACAACACAACUGUUGGGAUUGGAGCGAACCAGGUCUAUGGUGUCUUUUUCUGCCGUAUUGAUCAAACUGUUGCUAUCUGCCAGGAGUGCAUUUCCUUGGCCAUCAACUCGUUGAAUUCCCGUUGCCGUGGACAGAAAGAAUCUGUAGUAUGGUAUGAUCAAUGUCUGGUACGAUACUCUAAUGAUUCUUUCUUUGGUACCAUGAAUGAUGCUCCCAUGAUACCUAUGUGGAACAGACAGAACGCUGUUGACAUACAGAACAUUACAAACAACCAAAUGGCUUUUACACAAGUUCUGUUAGAAACUUUGAGAAAUGUUUCAUCCCAAGCCGCAACAGGUCCAUCCGGAAAAAAAUUUGCUACAAAAGAAGGGAAAUUUGUGGCUAAUUUGACAAGCAUGAACUUGCUUUACACGCUUGCUGAAUGCACCCCAGAUAUAUCUGUGAGGGACUGCAACACUUGUCUCCAGAUGACCAUUGGCAAUAUGACAGAGAUGUGCAACAUGAAGGCAGGUUGUACUAUGAUGAAUCCAAGUUGUAAUAUGAGGUACGACGUAUAUGCUUUUUAUGGAGAUGCCCUCACUCCUGCUUUAGGACCUCCGCCUGUCCCCCUUUUGGGAGAUAAAUCUGUGUCAAGGCGGAAAAAAGCUUUACUUAUUAUAGGUGUCAGCAUUUCAGCUAUUUUGGCAAUGGUGAUUCUAGUCGGAGCUUGGACUUUGACGCGCAAGAGAAAGUCCAAGAAACCAAUUGAAGAAGUAGAUGAGAUUGGAACUGUGGAGUCCUUGAAGUUCGACUUGACUACAAUACAGAAGGCCACCGAUAACUUCUCAGCAGAUAAAAAACUUGGAGAGGGUGGAUUUGGUGAAGUUUACAAGGGAAAGCUCGAGGAUGGGCGUUUUAUAGCUAUAAAGAGGUUGUCAAGCCACUCUAAACAAGGCAUCGCUGAGUUUAAGACUGAAGUAGUUUUAGUUGCAAAACUUCAGCACCGGAAUUUGGUGAAGCUGUUGGGCUUUUGCUUAUCAGGAAAGGAAAAGAUACUUGUCUAUGAGUUUUUGCCUAAUAUGAGUCUUGACCGUUUUCUAUCAGAUCCAACAAAGCGGGAAUCUUUAAACUGGAAAACAAGAUUUACAAUCAUUGAAGGAAUUGCAAGAGGGCUUCUUUACCUUCAUGAAGAUUCCCGACUCAAGAUUGUGCAUAGAGACCUCAAACCUAGUAAUAUACUGUUAGAUGAAGCUAUGAAUCCUAAGAUAACAGAUUUUGGCAUCGCAAAGCUUUUUGGGGUAGAUCAAACUCAAGACAACACUGAAAGAAUUGUUGGAACAUUUGGGUACAUGGCUCCAGAAUAUUUACUUACAGGCCAAUUCUCAGUUAAAUCAGAUGUAUACGCCUUUGGAAUCAUUGUCUUGGAGCUUGUGAGUGGUCUAAGGAACAGGUUUUCGCGUCAACAGAAAGUUGAAGAGUCACUCCUAUACAGGGCUUGGAGGCUAUGGAAUGAAGGGAUCCCAUUAAAGUUGACUGACCCAACUUUUGGCAGUGAUUUUCCUGCUGAAGAAAUGGCUAAGUGCAUUCAUAUUAGUUUGUUAUGUGUACAAGAAGAUGCAGCUAAGAGACCGCGAAUGGCAUCAAUUGUUGGCGCACUUAAUGGGGAAUCAAUCACUCUGCCUUCACCAACCCCGCUUCAUUUCUUGAGUGAUUUCAUAGGUAACGGAAUCAAAGAGUACGAAUUAGCCCAAUGUGAUCAUGCAUUAGGGGUAACGGAGAUUUUUACCGAAUUGUCUCCUCGAAACAUGUCUUUCUGUUGUUCCCUUUCACAACCUAAUCUGUUCCUGUUUUCACUUCUGCUAAUUGUAAUUGUAAUUGUAAUUACCAUUCAUAAUCCAAAUGCUGCAGCAGAUGAUUCAGAAGAUUCCCAUGGUUAUGUGUAUGCUCUUUGUCCUUCCAUGGAAACAGUUUCUCCCACCAGUAAUUACCAAAUCAACCUCAACACCACCCUUUCGUUCCUCUCAUCAAAUUCAACAGGAAAAACCCGGUUCUACAACACGACUGUUGGGAGCGGUGACAGUAAGAUAUACGGCCUCUUCUUCUGCCGUCUUGACGUUACUGAUUCCGUCUGUCAGAACUGUGUUUCUCUGGCUAUAAGAGCCUUGACUACUCGUUGUCCUGGGAAAAAAGAAUCCAUUGUUUGGUACUUUGAUCAGUGUGUGACGCGGUAUUCAGACACGCCUUUCCUUGGUACUAUGCAUGACACUCCUAUGAUACCGAUGUGGAACAGGGAGAAUUCCUUAGAUGUUUGGAAUGUUACAUCAAAUAUGACAGGGUUUAUGCAUGUUCUGAUGAAUACUAUGAAUUCUGCUGCUGAUAAUGCUACAGGUGGAUCGUCAGACAGUAAGUUUGCGACAGAAGAAGCUACGUUUCCUGAUAACUUAACGAGUUUGAAUACAAUAUACACACUUGCUGAGUGUACUGCUGAUAUAUCAUUAGUUGAAUGCAGAAGUUGUCUUCGUUCUACUAUAGGGAAUAUAACAGAGUUGUGUAAUGUAAAGGCAGGUUGUACUCUUAUGUGUCCGAACUGUAAUAUAAGGUAUGAUACAUAUCCUUUCUAUGGUGAUGCAGUUGCAGAUUCUUCCAGGCGUUCUCCAGUCCCGGUUUUUCCCGGAACUAAUUCAAAAUUUAUCAGGAGGAAACAAACGAUACUCAUUGGCGCCAUCACUGGUGCAGCUUUGGCAGUGACACUUGUUUUCGCUGUUAUGAUUUUCUUAUGCAAGAGAAAGUCCAAGGAAACAUAUAAAGCUGAUGACUCGAGUGACAUUGAGACCAUGGAAUCCUUGAAAUAUCGCUUCAGAAGAAUAAGAUCCGCGACUAAUAAUUUCUCAGAAAAUAAAAAGCUUGGAGAAGGUGGAUUUGGUGAAGUUUUCAAAGGGAAACUUGAAUGUGGACAAGAAAUAGCUGUGAAGCGGCUAUCAAUGAACUCGAGACAAGGCACUGCAGAGUUUAAGACAGAAGUUCUCUUAGUUGCAAGACUGCAACACAGAAACUUAGUCAAGCUUUUAGGAUUUUGUGUCUCAAAGAAGGAGAAGCUACUUGUUUAUGAGUAUUUACCAAAUUUAAGUCUUGACCAGUUUCUCCAUGAUCCUACUAAGUGUGCAACAUUGGAUUGGGAGACAAGAUUCAAGAUAAUAUGUGGAAUUGCAAGAGGACUAUUGUAUCUUCAUGAAGAUUCUCGGCUUAAGAUCAUACACCGGGAUCUUAAAUUAAGUAAUGUGUUGUUAGACAAGGAUAUGAAUCCGAAAAUCUCAGAUUUUGGGAUGGCAAGGCUUUUUGGUGCUGAUGAAACUCAGGGAAACACUAACAAAAUUGCUGGAACUUUCGGAUAUAUGGCUCCGGAAUAUGUAAUAACAGGCCAUUACUCCGUCAAGUCAGAUGUGUACAGUUUCGGGAUAAUAGUGUUGGAGAUCAUAAGUGGUCAGAGGAACAAAUUCACCAGAGUAGAUAGUGAGGAUGGAGAAUCGCUAGUACACCGUGCAUGGAGGCUUUGGAAUGAGGAGAUUGCAAUGGAAUUGGUAGAUAAAGCCAUUGAAAAUGCUUUCUUAUGCGAGGAGGCGGCAAAGUGCAUCCACAUUGGUCUGUUGUGCAUCCAAGAAGAUGCGGCGAGGAGGCCAAGGAUGGCAUCCGUGGUUGCCGCCCUUAGUGGUGAUGCAAUAGUUCUUCCUACACCUACACCACCUCAUUUUUUCAUGCCUGGUGCAUUCGGAUUAGAGGAAUCUGGUGUAGAUCAAUCUGGUUUAAUGUUUUCUGGUACAAGAGACAUUACUGUGGUGGAUCCUCGGUAACUUUUAGUGAAUGUUUAGGAUCCAAGUAACAAAUUUUGCACAUAUAUUAUAGACUCACGGGCUCACAUUUUACCUAUGGGGUUUUCACUAGUAUUUGAGCUCGGACAAUGCCACGUGUGAGAACAUGAACAACAACUAACUAUUAUGUUCCUUGUGAAAAGUUUUUCUUUAUUUACUGUAUAUAUCAGUUAAAGAGAACAUGUAAUUAAUA